CGUGGAUCUGGGUUCGAUUACAUAAGCGUCAUAAAGACCAACAUGCCAGAAAAUGAAUUUCCAACAAGGUCAAGAUCGAAGCUGGUUUACAAAGACGGCACAUUCAAUCAACAGCUGCGAGACAUUCUUUUUUCUCCUUGAGCUCCUGGGUCCUGCGCUUGGUAUAGCUGUCAUCUUGAUAUAGACUCUCCUCAUGGGACUUGGUUUCCGCAUAUCCUCUCCACCUCCCUGAUUGCGCGCUUCCAAAGCCAGCUCCGGCAUCAUGCCGCGCCUUGUUGAUAACACUCAGAUACAGUCUGCGUCGUUACAUAACCCACUUCCGCUUCAGCUCCAUACCUAUGUGUGGCCAUUCCUGAUCAUCUGGCCAGCGUUCCUUGCCGUCUACCUCUCCCCCGAACGUUAUGAUACCUAUAUCCAGGGUUCAGAGUGGACAUUCCUAUGGGCAGGAGGAAUAUUUUCCUUACAGGCAUUAGUAUGGCUAUCGACGAAAUGGAACGUUAAUGUCGACGCUUUGUUCACCACGACUACGGCAAAAUCGGUACAUUCAGCAAAACUUAUCAAGGUUUCGCCGGUGGUCAACGCCGGAUCUGCGGAAAUUUGCCCAUUGGUUCGAGAAAAAUAUGGCGGAAAGGAUGAUAUCUCUUUUCUAUUCCAGAAGCGCCGAUUCUUGUAUUAUCCGGAUAGAAAAUGUUUCGCACCACUUUCGUACGCUAUUGACGCAGAACCGAAACCUCUCCUCAAGACUUUCCAACACAGCCAAGGGUUGAAGACAGAUAGGGAAAUUGAUGAGACUCAAAACCACUAUGGGGACAAUACGUUCGAUAUUCCUGUUCCUACCUUUACCGAACUAUUCAAGGAACAUGCUGUCGCGCCUUUCUUCGUGUUCCAAGUCUUUUGCGUCGGGCUCUGGAUGUUGGAUGAAUACUGGUAUUACUCGCUAUUCACUCUCUUUAUGUUGGUGACUUUCGAAAGCACGGUUGUAUGGCAACGGCAAAGGACGCUUAAUGAAUUCCGAGGCAUGAGCAUAAAACCAUACGACGUUUGGGUUUACCGAAAGAACGCAUGGACCGAGAUCACGAGCGAUAAAUUACUCCCAGGCGACGUUCUAUCUGUCAAUCGGACGAAAGAAGACAGCGGCGUGGCAUGCGAUAUUCUCAUGAUUGAAGGCAGUGUAAUUGUUAAUGAAGCUAUGCUUUCUGGCGAAAGUACCCCUCUGCUCAAAGACUCCAUCCAGCUUCGACCGGGCGACGAUCAGAUUGAUUCCGAGGGCUUGGACAAGAACUCCUUCUUAUAUGGCGGGACAAAGGUUCUACAAAUUACGCAUCCCAAUUCUUCAGAUUCGCUUCCCAAUGGUCUUCCGACUCCUCCUGACAAUGGUGCUCUGGGUGUCGUUGUGAAAACUGGCUUUGAAACCAGCCAAGGCAGUCUAGUGCGCACCAUGAUUUACUCCACGGAGCGUGUUUCUGCGAACAAUGUGGAAGCCUUGUUGUUUAUUUUGUUCCUCUUAAUGUUUGCUAUUGCUGCCUCUUGGUAUGUCUGGCAGGAGGGUGUCGCGAGGGACCGAAAGCGAUCCAAGUUACUGUUGGACUGCGUUUUGAUCAUCACUAGUGUGGUUCCUCCUGAACUCCCAAUGGAGUUGAGCCUAGCGGUCAACACCAGCCUGGCUGCGCUCAGCAAGUUUGCCAUUUUCUGUACUGAACCAUUCCGAAUUCCCUAUGCCGGACGAAUUGAUAUUGCAUGCUUCGAUAAAACUGGAACCCUCACCGGUGAAGAUCUCUUGGUAGAUGGAAUUGCUGGCCUUACCUUGGGACAUGCAGGUGCAAAAACUGACAAACAUGGAGCCCACACUGAUAUUACUCCCGUUGAAAAAGUCGCGAAUGAGACAACCCUUGUCCUCGCCACAGCACACGCCCUUGUGAAAUUGGAUGAAGGGGAGAUUGUUGGUGACCCGAUGGAAAAAGCAACGUUGACUUCUCUUGGAUGGGUCCUGGGUCGUAAUGAUAUUUUGACAAGCAAGGCCACCGGAGUAUCACGACAACCGGGCCGGGCUCUCGAUUCCGUUCAAAUCAAACGAAGAUUCCAAUUUUCUUCUGCUCUAAAACGCCAAAGUGCCAUUGCGACCGUUGUUAGCACUGAUCGACAGACAUCAAAAAAGCUCAAAGGGACAUUUGUUGGUGUCAAAGGUGCCCCUGAAACCAUCAGAGCCAUGCUGGUUUCCACCCCUCCCCAUUAUGAAGAAACGUUCAAAUACUUUACUCGCAACGGUGCUCGUGUUCUCGCUCUUGGCUACAAGUACCUCUCUACCGAGUCGGAACUCGGCCAAGGACGAAUUAAUAAUCUGAAAAGAGAGGAUGUGGAAUCGGACCUGCACUUUGCCGGAUUUCUCGUUUUGCAAUGUCCUUUGAAAGAUGAUGCUGUAAAGGCACUUCGCAUGCUCAAUGAGAGCAGUCACCGUGUUGUUAUGAUCACUGGUGAUAACCCUCUCACUGCAGCUCAUGUUGCUCGUCAGGUAGAAAUAGUUGACAGAGAAGUCCUGAUUCUUGAUGCACCAGAGAACGACAACUCUGGGACAAAGCUAGUAUGGCGGACUAUCGACGAUACUUUCAGUGUUGAUGUUGACCCCACCCAACCUUUGGACCGUGAAAUUCUGGCAACCAAGGAUCUUUGCGUUACUGGCUAUGCACUAGCGAAGUUCAAGAACCAGAAGGGUUUUUCCGAUCUUCUCCGACAUACUUGGGUAUAUGCUCGCGUCUCCCCGAAACAGAAGGAAGAUAUUCUGCUGGGUAUGAAGGAUGCUGGAUACACGACUCUUAUGUGUGGCGAUGGUACCAAUGAUGUUGGUGCACUUAAACAAGCUCACGUUGGUGUUGCCUUGUUGAAUGGCUCUCAGGAUGAUCUCAAUAAGAUUGCGGAGCACUGGAGGAACAACAAGAUGAAAGAGAUCUACGAGAAACAAGUUUCAUUGAUGCAAAGGUUUAACCAACCCGCUCCCCCAGUUCCCGCAAACGUGGCGCAUCUGUAUCCUCCCGGGCCAAACAAUCCGCACUACGAAAAAGCAAUGAUUCGUGAGGCACAAAGGAAGGGAAUCACUGGCCCCGCUGCGACUGAAGGAAAUGGGGUCCCAACUGUUACCUCUCCAGGCGCCCAGGCGAUACAACAAUCGAACGCGAACCUAACGCCUCAGCAACGUCAACAACAGCAGGCGUCACUCGCCGCGGCCGGAUUUGCCGAUAAGCUGACGGCCACAAUGAUGGAGCAAGAAUUAGAUGACAGCGAGCCACCCACUAUCAAACUUGGCGAUGCUUCGGUUGCAGCACCUUUCACUAGCAAGCUUGCAAACGUGAUCGCAAUCCCGAAUAUCAUCCGCCAAGGCCGGUGCACGCUAGUUGCAACUAUCCAAAUGUAUAAGAUCCUAGCGCUUAACUGUCUAAUUAGUGCAUACAGCUUAAGUGUCAUAUAUCUUGACGGUAUUAGAUUUGGAGAUGGCCAGGCGACUAUCAGUGGCAUACUCAUGAGUGUAUGCUUUUUGUCAAUUUCUCGUGCGAAGUCUGUCGAAGGCCUCUCUAAGGAACGGCCACAACCUAACAUUUUCAACAUGUACAUUAUGGGGUCCGUCCUGGGCCAAUUUGCCAUUCACGUCGCAACCUUGAUAUAUCUGUCCAGCUACGUUUAUACUAUUGAGCCUAAAAAAGAAGAAAUCGAUCUAGAAGGCGAAUUCGAACCUUCCCUCCUUAACAGCGCCAUCUACCUCCUCCAACUAAUCCAACAAAUCUCCACCUUCUCCAUAAACUACCAAGGCCGCCCAUUCCGCGAAUCCAUUCGCGAAAAUCGCGGCAUGUACUGGGGUCUCAUUUUGACAUCCGGUGUCGCUUUUUCCUGUGCGACGGAGUUCAUCCCGGAGCUCAACGAGAAGCUCCGCCUUGUUCCAUUCAGCACUGGGUUCAAAGUCACGCUGACAGCGCUGAUGUUGGCAGACUACGCUGGCUGCUGGCUCAUCGAGAAUCUAUUGAAGAGGUAUUUCAGUGACUAUAGACCGAAGGAUAUCGCUGUUCGGAGGCCGGAUCAGUUGGCGAAGGAAGAGGAGAGGAAGAGGAAAGAGGCGGAGGCGGAGGAGGAUGAGAAAGAAUCGACGAGGAAGGUUUGAUUUUUAUAGAGAUGUGAGUUUGUGAUAGAUAUUUGGGGUUGGGGGGGUUUAAUUAACAAUUUUCUUCUACUCUAUUUCCCGAGUUUGAUAAUGAUUUACUUUCUUUUCCUUUUUUUGUUUUAGUUUUGGCUUUUUAUAAAUAAAAUAAUAUGUCUGAUGUGAAUAUUAUGGCAUGGAAUCAUGUACAUGUACAACAUCUCUCUGACAAAUAGAUAUACUUCUUUACUGUCCUGUACUUGUCUUUCUGCUACUGACAUUGUAGAGUACAAGAGCGAGUGCGCAAAAUGUCUAUAUCGGCCUUGAAAGGCCUGAGAUAUGCUCUAUGAUGACUGGAGUAGAAUUGACUAGAUCAGCUAUUGGGUUUACUUCCUUAUUUUCUGUAGCAUAUGAGGAGGUUUAAUCUCCCCAAUAUCUAUUUACACAGGUUUUGCACACUGCUCCGUAUAUAUGUAACCGU